AUGAGUGCUGAAGUGAAGGUGCUGCUGGAAGCGCAGCACGACAUUCAUGGUUGGAUCUCCCGCGCCGUGGACAAUCUGAGGAAGAUGGGCGUGAGCAACAUCACCCGCGACGCCAUCCAAGCUCGCCUCGGCAUCCUGGACAAUCUCUGGCAAAAAAUGGAGACCCAGCAUGAGCUCAUUCGUGCGGCGCUGAAGGACAAGUAUCAGGAGAGUGAGUACGCUGUAUCUGAUUUUAUUGAAGUCGCGGAGAAUACUUACGUGACACAACGUAGCACGCUGACCAGCUACGCUGAGAAGCUUAAGGGCGAAACGCCCGCCGCGCUCAGAGGCGAGCCGGACCACGCUCGGGCUCCUAAAACCUCGUUGCCGCGCAUCAAGCUUCCGACGUUUGCGGGAUCUUACGAAGAAUGGCCGUCAUUCCGCGACCUCUUCCAAUCAGUCAUCGGGGCGAAUGAGUCAGUCUCCGACAUCGAGCGAUUUCACUACCUCCGGUCUUGUGUCAAGGGAGCCGCUGAAAAAUUGAUAAAAUCAUUAACGGUGACCGGUGAUAAUUACCAUCGCGCUUGGACGAUUUUGAGCAAGCACUUCGAAAACAAAAGGGAGCUUAUCCGUUCUAAUUUCGCCGCGUUCACCUCCGUUCCCAAAAUGAAGUGCGAGUCAGCGGGAGAACUCGGUCGCAUUCACAACGCCGUAACGACCGCGGUGAACGCGCAGGAGAGUAUAGGGAGACCCAUCAACUCCCACGGUAUGGAUCUCCUCAAUUUUCUCACCGUCGAAUUGUUCGAUUCGCGUACACGGAUGGAAUGGGAGUCCUCGACCUGCGACUCCACUGAUCCGCCAGACCACGGCGCUCUCGUCAACUUCAUCGCUAAGCGCAUUCUCACGCUAAACGCCGCUAGGCCACGAGUGUUGCAACCAAACUCCGAUGGCGCGUCGCGAACCGCGAAAGCUCACCACACGAAGACCGGAUCCGAUCACUUGAAGUGCGCACUGUGCCAGGGGAAGCACACCCUCAUGCAGUGUAACGACUUCAAGGCAAAGUCCGCGAUAGACCGAAAGUCCUUUGUAGAGCAAGGUAGACUGUGCUACAACUGUCUCGGGAACCACAUGAUCUCCAAGUGCCAGUCUGUGAAGACCUGUCUGACGUGCAAGGGCAAGCACCACACUACACUGCACGACGCGUACACGUCGCCCUCCUCCAACGAGGUGAACGCCCUGUCUGCGAUGCACUCCUCGUCUGAGCGUAAAGCGAUCCUCCUCGCGACAGCUCGCGUGCACCUCACUGACCGCGCCGGGGAUCUUCAUCCGGUCCGAGCGAUGCUCGAUCAAGGAUCCGAGGUGUCGAUCAUCUCCGAAGCACUGGUCCAACGGCUGAGACUUCCCCGCUCCCGCUCCUCAGUGUCCAUAAUCGGCAUCGGCGAAUCACGAUCCGGGUCAACCCGCGGGAGAGUGGCACUCAGUCUCUCCUCGAUGAUCACCGGAGCCAAACUCAAGGCCGUCGCUUUCGUGUUAUCGCGCCUGUCGGCCUAUCAAGGUUCUUCGGUGAAGAACCUCCCCUCCUGGCCUCACGUUCAUGGUCUUGAGCUCGCCGACCCCAGGUAUCAGGAGCUCGAUCCGGUAGAACUAUUGUUGGGCGCGGAAGUCUGCUCAACCAUUCUUGAAGUCGGCCUUCGCAAGGGUAGUCCUCAAGAUCCCAUCGCCCAGAAAACAGCCCUGGGAUGGAUCCUGUCAGGGGGGUCCAGCGCAGCACCCUUCCAAGGACCCCGUAACUCCUUGCAGUGCACUGUCGACCAAGAGCUCAAUCAGCUUGUGCACAGCUUUUGGGAGCAGGAAAGGGAACUCCCCUCCUCCGGUGCCCUUAGACCGGAGGAUCAAGAGUGCGAGACCCUCUUCAUAAGUACUCACCAGCGGAUGGCGUCCGGAAGAUACGUAGUACGACUCCCGUUUUCUUCCCCGCCAACGUCGCUAGGUGGAACCCGUAAACCGGCUGAAAGUCUCUUGUCAGCGAUGGACCUUCGGAGCAAGAGAGAUCCUGAGUUCGGCAUCCGGUAUCGGGAGUUUAUGCAGGAGUACGAGGACCUGAAACACAUGAGUCCUGUGAAUACGGUCGGUACCGCAGGAUGCUACCUACCUCACCACGGAGUCCUCCGCCAGUCCAACUCCUGCAGCAAGCUCCGCGUCGUCUUCAACGGGUCGCAACGUACCGCCUCGGGGGACUCCCUCAACCGACAUCUGCUGAUCGGCGCCAACUUGCUGCCAGCACUAGCUGAUGUCCUCCUUCGCUGGCGCCGGCACCGCUUCGUGUUCGUCACCGACAUCGAGAAGAUGUUCCGGCAGAUACUCGUCCACCCUGAAGAUCGUUGCUUCCAGCGGAUACUCUGGCGUCCAAAGGCUUCCGGCAAGAUUCAAGAGUACGAGCUGAACACCGUGACCUACGGGCUCGCCUGUGCUCCGUUCCUCGCUGUCCGCACUCUCCACCAACUGGCGGCCGACGAGGAGGCACGAGCCCCAAAGGGAGCAACCGCUCUGCGCCAUGACUGCUACAUGGACGACGUGAUCACCGGGUCGGACACCUUGCAGCACGCGGUCGCCCUGCAGACGGAGCUCCGAGAGCUCUGCACGGCGGGCGGGUUUCCGCUGCGGAAAUGGGCCGCCAAUAGCGAGGCCAUCCUUGAGGGUGUUCCUUCCGAUCAUCGACUCAAACAGGCACACCAUUCCUGGGAGAGCGAGGUACACUCCACCUUAGGCCUGCGUUGGCAUCCAGCCAGCGACGACUUCUCCUUCGCCAUCCAGCCUCGAAGCACUGGCGAAUUCACUAAGAGGCGAGUCCUGGCGGAAACGGCACGGCUAUUCGACCCCUUGGGAUGGCUCGCUCCUGUGAUCAUCCGCGCCAAGAUCUUAAUCCAGUCAGCAUGGUUGAAAAGGCUGGACUAG